UCCUAAUGACACAAAUAAGGAGACUAACCCAGCUAUGUCCGAUCCAGACAGCACUACUAAAAGAAAAAGUCAUGCUUGUAGACAGAUCUGACAACAUAAUCGGAGCAGCCAGCAAAGAAGACGCGCAUCUCAUGAGUAACAUCACCAAAACAGGCAUGCUCCACCGAGCGUUCAGUCUCUUUCUCUUCAACUCUAAAAACGAGCUACUAAUGCAGAGGAGGUCGCCUCAGAAGAUUACAUUCCCGAACCUCUACACCAACACGUGUUGUUCACACCCUCUUUCCACGAUACCGGGAGAACGGGACUUUACUUCAGGGGCUAAAAAUGCUGCUAUACGUCGGGUAAAAGAUGAGAUGGGUAUCACGGAUAUUUCCUAUGAUGACAUUCAUUUCAUGACUAGGAUUAUAUAUUUCGGCGCGAGCGGUGGCACGUGCGGUAGUGACACCACGUGGGGUGAACACGAGCUUGAUCACGUGUUGAUCGUGAAAAAGGACGUGGAGUUUGUUCCGAACCCUAACGAGGUUAGUGAGACGAGGUAUAUAUCGAGGGGUGAGCUGGAGGGGUUGUUGGAAGAUGAGGAGGAGUUUCCGGUUACUCCCUGGUUUAGGAUCAUUGCGAGGUCCAUGUUGACUGGGUGGUGGGAUAAUAUUGAUAUGUUGCAGGAACUUUCUGAUGAUAAAAUCCAUGAAUUCAGCUUCCCGCCUCUUGAGGAGGAAUCAAAACACUGAUUUAUGUGAUUUUAGAGGUUUCGAUUUUCGUUUUAUCUUUAAUAUUACAAAUUAAAUGCAGACUUGGGGAAGACCUGGAGAAAAGUUUGGUAUCUGGUAUGAACCCGUUAUCAUCUGAUGUUAUUGUAGUCACAAAACAUUGCUUUGAAACAAGUUGAGAAUUAAAACUUACUGACUAACUCGCUACAGACUACAGACGAAUUAAAUAGAUUAUUGUUGCAUUAUAUGAUUCUUUAUAAAUUAUUUAUAAAUAGUUUUUAGAAGUUACAUUUAUCUAAUUUCAAAGCAUGUUUCCAUUUCUUUCAAGAAUCUAUAAUAAUUGAAGUGUGUUAGAGUAAAGUUUGACAUCAAUUAUCAUACUGUUUGAGAUAUUGAUUUUUAAAAUUUUUAUGUAUCCUUUUAUGAA